CUCGACAUAGGUAGGCCGGGUAACGGAAUACGGGGUUAGAGUUAGAAUGUCCACUGUACCUCUUAGACCGCGAGAUCUGAUUUGUCGUAUACCUCUCAAAACCAGUAGCUCGUAAGCAGUCAGCCGUAUACCUUUUUGAGGCAAGGAAUAUUUUCGUAACAGCACAAAAUUUUAAUUUUAAAAGCCAUAUUAAACCUUAUUUACCUCACUUGAAUAUUUAUAAUAUGGCAAGGUGUCCUCAGGGAAAACCCCAAUUCUUAGCAAUUCUAAUGCUGCCAAUAGAUAAUAUAUUUUAUUUUGUUUUUGAGUUUUUGUCUGCAGUUCAAUGUCUGCCUUUCUACAUUUAAUAUUAUAUCAUUCGUCUAUGCUAUAUUGUCGUUCAAUACCCGCGCAAUAGAAGCAACACACGAAGCGAAAUUCACAACUGCAUUGGUUUCUGCUGUAGACAUGUUUAAUAUGAUUUUAAGACCGACAUCAUUGCCAUACGGUUUGUUUGUAGAUCUUUGUUUAAUAUUAACGAGCAAGCCACAACCUAAAACAAGCCACUUGUACGAGUACAUACUUUGAUCUCUGAGUUCACCCAGUUUAUGAGUGCCAUAGGACUGCUCAAUCUCAAGAGAGCGGCCAAGAGAUUUGCCAUUGCGAGUGAUGCACGUUUUUAAAAUAAUUCUAAGAGAUAGGCAUAUGACAGGCAAAGAUUAAAAUCUAUUCCGCGACAGCUGCUGUUUUUCAAUAGCCAAACUCAAUGUUAUUGGCCAGCAAGACAAUUACAAUUGUCUGACCGCAUUGUAUAUGUAAAGUCAGCUCGCUCCAAGAACCACCUGUUUCACGCGAACACAAAAUCUUUGAGAGUAUUUAACACAUAGAGUGCUUCUUGGGGAUGAUUGCAGCCUUUUGCUAUUACUGAAGCGAAUCAGAUGGGAAUAAUGCAUAAAUCUGGUAAGUUUUUGCUACAUGUUUUAUUUUAUUCAGUUCAUGAAUCGGAUUUUUGCGAAUAUGAAUGUAUGGAUAAUAUUAUAUGACAGUCACGCCUUGAUUCGACUGAAUACAGUGAAUUCAAAAUUCCGGUUAAUGUAGUAUUAGUAUUAACGCGAUGUUUUAAAAACGUGCCAUACGAUACUAUUUUUGAUUUACAAUAUUUCAGUGCAUUAGAAUAUCAGACUUAUUAGUUAUUGAAUUGUCAAAUGGAUCUUCGCGUUAUCUGCGCAUAAUUUAAAUGACUGUACAAUAACAUGUGUGAGAGGAAAAGUAUAUACAUUAUUAUCUUACUUUACUUGUGCAGCAGAUUUCCACAUUGAUCCUUCCGCACUAAUAAAAAUUAAAAUACGAUUUUUUUAUAUUAUUCGUUAUUCUAUAGCAAGUUGAAUCAACUAUGUCUACUGCGUAUAUUUCUCGUGUUACUUUAUCUGUUUUUAUCAAAGAUAUGCGGACCUUUAGAAAGCUUUUGAUUUCUGUUCGGUACAAAAUCAGAAACUAAAUAUACAUUUGAAAUUUUUGAAACUAUUGAUAUGCUCAUUUGCGAAAGAUAGAUGUAUUUGCAUGUAGCUAAGUUUGAAAACACUGCAUAUGUCGGCACUUAAUGACACAAAACACAGACAGUGCCAUAAUGGGGUAAACAAACAUAAGGUCUUCAGAGGUCAUGUAUGAAUCUCUAGUCUUACAGCCGUGGAAUGCUCGUGCUAACUCAAUGUAUAUACAUUUACUCUACCCAGUCCUAGUAACGUUACGUCUUAAACAAACGGUAUUAUCGUUUCGCUGAGCUAUCGCUUUCUAACCCAUAGCGUCUUCAUAAUAUAUUAAUUACACGAAUCUACUAUAAUAUGCACUGAAUCUGCAUGAGUUGGCCAUAUGCUGAUAAGAAUCGAGUUAAUAAAUCAAAAUAUUCUCCCUGAUCAAAAAUGACAUGCAUAAUUUUUAACGUAACAUUUCGAGCGUUCUCCAUGACUGCCUAUUAAGAAGGAUAACAAGUGCUGUAGAUUAUUGAUAUAAUAUCCCGAAACAAAUCAAAUGCAUUUUGCAUGCGAUGUUUGCAUUAUGAGAAUAUUUAAAGUUUUAUGAAACUUCGUCCAUUAUAAUUUGCAUGAUACAUACACUGUAGCUCUCGCUUGGCAUAAGGAAAUUUGAUAUUAUUGAAGUAUCACAAAAAAAGUCUUAGGCGUUUUUCAACGUAGUAUUUGGAUUCAUGAAAAUAUUUAGAACAUUUAGCACUUUAGUCUUUAUUUUCCCAGUAAAUGUUUAAUUAAUGAAUCUAUAUAAGACUGCCAAUGAUGUUACGUUUACUGUGACUGACGUGUAUUAUUCUCUUGUGGUCAUGUCUUGCGGGAGCUCCUCAUGCACUUCGAAUUCGGCAUGAACCAUCAGAAGAUUUUCCAAAUCUUCAACAUUUUCUUCAACAUUUUCUUCAACAUUUCAAGUGAUGUUUAUAUAAAUUUAUAAAAUGCAUGGCUUUGUCAUAAUAAUUCAUUAAUGCGAGAAAAUGCAAUCAGACACAGUACCGAGCAUAGUACUACAGUGCGGUGCACUGGAGGCUGGAGCAUGCUCGAACAAGUGCACGACAUGCUCGAAGACAUAUUUUUUUAAUAAAUACCACUAUUAACAGGCUCACGCAGCAAAAAUAAAUCGAUGUCUCACUUUUGUGUGGCACUGCAAUCACUACAACAUGCAGUCAUUAGAAAAAAUACCAUCCUGAAUAAUUAUAUGCGAAAAUAAGCAUGUAUUUUAUUUUUCCAGUUCAAUAAUUCCAGUCUGUUUAAAGCAUAGAUAUCUAUAUACUGUACACUAGAUAGUGCAUCUAAUUAUUCUGCAAUUCAAAAAUUGAAGUCGUGAAGCACAACGACAUCUCGAAUUUCAAACUGUUUUAUUAAUCAGUUAAUCAUGCAGAUAUCGGUGCAAUUAUUUAACACUGAAACUUUCCGUAUGUACAACCGGCACGUCGUUCCAAGGCUCGCCUACGAGCAACUGUCAAAGAUUAAGCUUGAUCUUCACUAUACAGUACAGUUUACAAGAAAACGCAAGAUUUUAUGCUUCGGGGAAUUUAAAGUAGCUUCUAAUCGUAUGAAGGAGCAUAUAACUGUAUAAACCUUAGUCUGGUCCUUAGUCAAAUUAUUACUAGUCAUGUCAUAAAAAAAUGUUCAACUGGCCACAGGGCAACGAGUUAGUUUUUACUGUUUUACCCGCUGUGUUAAAUUAAUCAACACGUAAUUCAUAUGUUGGGCGAAACCAAAUCAUUAAAGUCUUAAAUAACAUAAAAUUCCCUUCUAUUGUGUUUUACGCUCCCGUGCCCGUGGGUCCAGCAUAGUGCUAUGCAUUCAAACUGCAACAAUAGCUUGAUUUCUAAAGGUCUCGACGUUUUUAUACACCUUGUGGUAGAACUGAAGCAAGCAUAUAGCAAACAUAAGCAUAAGAUAAACACGGAACGCUUUGAUAUAUGUUGAUUGUUGUUAUACGCUUUGGGUUGUUUUCAAUGACAAUGUGUCUAUAGAUCAACAGCAUAAGGGUAAACAAUGUAACGGUAUACUUCUAGUUCUUUCUUGAUACACUCUCAAGGAGAAGCCCCGCCCUUUCAUGAAUAAUCUUGACUUUCGGUUUUUCAUGAAAUGAAAAACGUUUUAAGGAAAGUUCUCUCAAUCCCACCCAUGUUGUAAGGUAUCACAUAUCAGUGAUCGUUGAUAAUCAAUAUAGGCCAAACACUUUCUAAUCACCAUUUAAAAGUCUCGGACCACAAGGGCUGUUUUGAAGUGAUGAUAAGAUUAUAAAUAAUAUUCACACACAUCAAUCAAUGUUUAACAAGGUAAUGUAAUAAAUAUAUUAUGAAGAGCAUGCAUGGUGUGAAAAACUGAUAGCCUACUGACUAAUAAUAGCAUAUAUUCGCCAUUAUCAUCGCUGCUUGCUUUCAACUUGCAAGAUAAGAGACUCAAUUACGAAGUCAAACCCAUUGUGUAAUUCGCCUACGUGUUGCUCUCAUUGCUGGAUAUUGUUUAGUCAAGCGACAAAAACGCCUUUUGAUCAUAAAUGCGUCUAGUGAUUAAUUAGUUGCUAAUUACGAAUGCGACAGCUGAAAUUACGCCAACAUGGCCUGUAUGUGUUAUAAUAAGAGCCUACGCGAACAACGUUUCUGACCGCAAGUAAAUCUAAACGUUUUUGAUGGCGUGAGUGAUUGCGAAAACCGCUGUUGUUGGAAAUCACAAAUGUCACCCUACAUUGAAUGCCGUUCUUGCUUUCAAACAAGAACUAUACUGACGCCAUCACUCACUAUCUUGACUUGUGGUUAAUUGGCAACCGUGUUGUCAAAGGGAUUGUUUGACCCUCAAUAAAAGGCUGAUUACAUAGCGAGUUUUCUGCCCGGGAUAAGUUUCUCUCAUCACGACUGAAAUUUAGUUAACUGAAAUUUCACUCGAGGUAGAAAAAACAAAAAUUUUUAAAUUUUAUUUUAAAAUGGAGCUAUUAAUUCACAUACAAAAGUGAAGCCACUUUUAAGUGGCUUCGUUUUUGUAAUAUGUGAAUAGCUCUGUUUUGAUCUUUUCAGCCUGGGCUGUAAUUUCAUCCCUGUUUCAGCUGACAUUAGAUAGCUUAAGAUCUACGACGUCGACGUCAGCUAGAACGUCAGGGCUAAGCAGAGAACUGGGACUAGAACGACGACGUCAAAUAUUUAAGGCGGCAAGCGGAAGUAAAUUGGUAAUAGUUUUUGAAGUGUGCAUGUGUCUCUCAAUUUGCUCGUCGUCCACCAAACGUCGACAACCACACAAUAAGAGUUUUACCGUCGUAAAUACAAGAGCGCAACAAACGUUAAUAGUUCGCACGUCUAUUUUAAAUUCAUUUUCAAAAGGAUGUAAAUAUUUAUAGUUUAGAUGUCUACGUCGUGAAUCUUAAGUGGAAGUUUAUUUAUUUAGAACGACGUCCUAGUCCCAGUCCUCUGCUUAGCCCUGAUGUCCUAGCUGACGUCGACGUCGUAGAUCUUAAGCUAUCUAUUAUAACUAUUACACAGCCCGCUGGUCUGAAGCCGUGUAAUCGUGAAACAAUUUCAGUUAGAUUUUUUCUGUGUUGGUGUUGUGUACUCAGGUGAAUAUGAUGUUUGUGAUGUUAUUCUAAGUGUAUAUCCACACCGGGCGAGCUUCAAAAAUAUGCACGGCCACGGUGGGAAUCGAACCUACAACCUUUGGAAUACUAGCCCAAUGCUCUGCCAACUGAGCUACGCGGCCGGGUCGGUUCGAGUAAGUGAUAUUUCGGAACAGAUUCUAGUUCUUUCGAUACCAAUGUAAUCUAGUAAUAUGAUUUUUUCUGUGCUGGUCAGUGUGUACUCAGGUGAAUAUGAUGUUUGUGAUGUUACUCUGUUAACACAGAAAAAAUCAUAUUACUAGAUUACAUUGGUAUCGAAGGAACUAGAAUCUGUUCCGAAAUAUCACUUACACGAACUGACCUGACCGCGUAGCUCAGUUGGCAGAGCAUUGGGCUAGUAUUCCGAAGGUCGUAGGUUCGAUUCCCACCGUGGCCGGGCAUAUUUUUGAAGCUCGCCCGGUGAGGAUAUACACUCAGAGUAACAUCACAAACAUCAAUUUCAGUUAGAUUAAACGCGUUGAAAUUCAGUCAGGGCUGAAAAUACUCCAUGUAAUCAGCCCCUAAAAUAGGAGAAGUUAAAACAGUGUUUUGUAAGAGACACAAUUACCUGAAAUAUACAAAAAUACUUUGCACGUUUCGAGCAAAGAUGCUUCUGGAAGUUCAGUAUUAAGAUACUGCUAACGUACUACUAACGUCCCAGUAACAUACUCUUAACACGCUCCUAAUAAACGUGCUGCCACAAUACGUGCCGUAUUCUGUACGUGUAUGCUACUAACUUGCUACGCACCAUUCACUUGUUCUACUUAAGUGCUCUACGAACGUGCUAGUUCAUUUCAUGUUUUCUAGGUAGUUGUAUCACAGUAUCAUCUACAAAAAUGUGUUAUUAGUAUAGUCAUCGCUAUAGCCUAGCUCCGCUGGUACCCAACCGUUGGAGAGUCAAACUUUUCCGUUCUAGAUCUGACCUUUAUUCCGCUUCAAUUGUACUUUAAUCUUUGGCAUAGUUCUAAACAUUUUAUAUCGGGUUAUUAUUCUUUAGUAUAAACCUACUAGUAGGCUAUCAUGUACCGUGCGUUCUGAUUGGCUACGCUACUAGCUAGCCUACUAGUAGCAACAAGCAGCGAAGGGCGCGAGAGUCAAUGGCCGCCGCUUUUAAGUAUUAAAAGCUGUAUUCAAAGGAAAAAGGCUUAUCAAAAUGGCCUAAUUUUGGUUCUGGACUGCACACAAAUAAAGACUCAUGGAAACUGCUGACACAUGCAUACGGUAAAUUUGCUCGAAGUUUUGAACAUGAAAGCGACAGACGAUUUUUUAAAUAUAUGCACAAUGUUUGUUAAUAUUCCAAGUAGAAUCGUCGAAAUUUAACAACAGUUUGGAGCUACUGUACUUACCUCUAAUUUCUCAACCUUUUUAAUGUGUGCUUCAUUUAAGUACGAGUUCAUGUAUUUAGCUUCAUUUUAAAGAGUUUUAUUUUUCGUUUAUUGAAAUGUUGAGAUUUUGGCUAAGUUUGUUUUUCGCCUUUUUUGAGCCUUUUUAAUCGAGUUUUUCGAUAAAAUUUUAACCUAAACUUUUGUCUAUAUAUAUGAUGGGAAUGGAUUGCUUCUUUAUUUUACCAGAUAUUUUAAAGAUUUUAAUGACAUUCGGAUUAUUUUGCGUCCACUUUUAUUAUAGGCUAUUAAGGUAAACUUUAUUUAGUAACAAUUCGGGAAGCAAUUUUGUGUUUGAAAUUUUGGCCGUUUUAAGCCUUGUUUCCUUAUUUUAAUUAUGGCCACUUUGCUGGCAUAACACCCCUUACUAUUAUACUGUUUUACGAUAUGUUUUUUAACUUUUUUGAAACUCACAAGUUGUAUUUUUCAAGUCAUUUUUGGGAGUUCGCAACACUGAUUAGUUGUCAACAAGGCUGAAGCGAAAUGUCGCCAAAGGAAGCCAUUUUAAACGCUCAUUUGCUUAAAAAGUUAAUAUUUUACAUAAAUAUCAAGUUAAAAAUUGAGUUUUCUUUAUGUGGUUUAUACUAAAACAAUUAGACAACUCAGCCUCGUUGUCUUCGGUUUCGUUGUCUAAUUGUUAAAUGCAUAUAUAUAGAGCUUGCUAGAUUUCGACAAUCUUCCACAAGACUUAUUACAUACUGUAUAUUACAUUAGUUAUGUGUGCACAGUCGAUCCAUAUUAUGAAGUCCAUAGUAUAUACAGACACAAUGACGUAAGUCAACGGUCUGUAACAAUCUCUUAAACUAAUAUGGUCACUAUAUGGAUAAUAAUGCUUUCGAAAUUCGCCAUUAAGAAUAACACCGAAAUGCAGAUUGAAAUUUGAAUUAUCAUUUUCUGAUCGAAUUAACUUUAGUUUUGCCUCUCUUUUAGAAAUCGAAAGCUUUCGUACCGAGACAUUAAUUGCUCACAACCAAUACAGAGCUCAGCACAGUACAACACCUCUGAGUUUAUCAUUCCAACUAUGUGAAGGCGCCCAAGAAUGGGCUGAAAAUUUGGCUGAAGGUGAUAAAUUUGAACGAAGUCCUGAGAACGAGUAUUAUAGCGAGAAUAUAGCAUGUACUUGGGGCUCACAACUCACUGGAACUUUGGUAUCUCGCAUGUGGUACGAGGAAGGAAAAGAUUAUGACUACACCAGAGACACUUUAAGUAAAUUUACGCAAAAUUUUACCCAACUACUUUGGAAAGGAUGCCGUGAGAUAGGAGUGGGUCGAGCCAGAACUAAACAUGGAAAAGAGAUUAUCGUGGCAAGGUAUCACCCUCCUGGAAAUACUGAAGAUUUUAAUGCAAAUGUGUUGAAGAAAUCUGAAGUCAGUGGAACAUCUACACCAGUGAUUCAUAGCAUAGCUCUAAACCGCAUUCCAGGUAAUUAGCAUAAGGAAUCGAAUUUUUUAAACAUUUCGUGUUUAUGAAAAUGCCAAUUACGAUAUGCUGCCUGUCCUAUAUAGGCGUAGGUUUUGUAUAAUCAGCACUUUAUUUUCUUUUGCACCUUGUAAAUAUUUUUUCAAUUCCAUUUUUGGUCGUUCUGAAUUUAAAGUUUCCAGGUGGAUUUGCGAAUGCUCAUAUACAUGUUAACAUGUUACCGUUUGUUUGAACUUGCUAAUUUCAGCAAGUCAGUAGAGCUGAUCGCAGUUAAACAUGCAGAAGGUUAUCAAAUAACACGCUCAAUGUGCGAUCUGCUCAAGCUCCUCAUUUUUGACAGGUCUACGUCAGUUUCAAGAAGAUUGUCUCUUAGCACACAAUAAGUAUCGUCAAAGACACUCAGCUCCUCCGUUACAGUGGUCGUAUAAACUGGCCUACGAGGCGCAGAAAUGGGCACAACACUUGCUGGAUUCUGGACAAUUCACACACAGUGAGAACAUGGUAUAUGGGGAAAACUUGGCUGGCAGGAAAGGAUAUGAUCUGAAUGGAAAGAAAGCCACGAAGCUGUGGUAUGAUGAGUCAAGGUUGUUUAAUUUCGAGGAUCCGUCCUUUUCACCUGACACUGGAAACUUUUCACAGGUUUGACACAAAUCAAUAAACUUCGCAAUUUGUAGUUUCUUAUUUUUACUUCAUGAAUAUCAGGCAUUAGAAGCGUAAAUUAUUAAUGAUUAUAUCAAAUGCAUAUCAAGGUCUGAAUUGGGGGCAAUACUUCAGUUUGCAAACUGAACAAUCUUUUAAUUGUGUCGAAGAAAACUUCACUCAAAACUUUACGGCAAAUGAUUGGAAUUCCAACCAUAUAAACCUACACCCAAGUGCAUCCAAGUCAUUAAUUUCGACACCAUUCAGCUUCCUUUGUGCGUUAUUGCGUAUUUUCGCCAUUGUUACAACAAGUGGUAUAAAAGCACUAUCCAGCAGCUUUCGAGCGGUAACACUAUGCAUGGAGGUGUUUUUCAGGGUUUUAAUGAAUUACAACCAAAUUCGUGGAUAAAUACACCGAUAUUAAUCAUAGAUAUUAAUCACCGAUAUUAAUCAUGAAUAUUGCUAUCUUGGAAUUACUAUUCAUUUUUCUGGGAAUUUUAAGAAAGCCCUAAAAGUCUUACGUGAUAAAGCUCUAAGAGCAUACAAUAACCUUUUAAAAAAAUUUUCUAAUUUUGAAAACGUACCAAUAAAAAUACUUUUAAAACUAUUUUCAGCGAUGAUAAUCCCCAUUUUGUUAUACGGAUGUGAAAUUUGGGGACCUUAUUUGAUAGGUAGAGUAACUACCUUUGAGAUCUUUAAGAGUAAAUUCUUCAAAAUUAUCAAUGAAAUUGAAAGAAUUCAUUUAAAAUUCUGCAAACGAAUUCUUGGCGUGCACUCAAAAACAACAAAUUUGACUAUUUAUGCCGAAUUAGGAAAGGUUCCUUUGAUUGUUCAAAUUUCUACUCUUGUAGUUAAAUACUGGAUUCGUAUUAGCAGUACAUAUUUUAAUAAUACGUUAUCUGGUGGAGCUAGAAACGUUUGCAUGCGUUUGAAUCUAAAACCAAUAGUUUUCAUACAAUUUUUGCUAAAAAUGUGUAAAUUAGAGAUGAAGGACUUCGAAAAAUUUUCAAACUCCAGGGAUGAGUCAACCAAAACAAGACGAAAUUUUUGCCAUUAUUUAAAUGUUACAUUAAAUAACGAAUUUACCUCAUUUUGGAAAGACCAGGUUCUUCAAAAUGGUGAUAGUGGUAAAUUGAAAGAAUAUAAGAAACUUAAAGUAAAUGUGGGUAUUGAAAAAUACCUUUUAGAAAUUAAAAAUUUUAAGUACCGUCAAGCAGUUACAAGAUUACGAGUUUCAGCGCACAGAUUACCAGUAGAAAUUGGCCGAUAUAAAAAAAUUGCCUACUGUGACAGAAAAUGUAAACUUUGUGAUCAGGGUGAAGUUGGAAAUGAACAACAUUACCUAAUGUCAUGUGGUAACACAGUGUUUACAUUUUUGCGACAGAAUUUUAUUAAUUCUGUUUAUAAAAUUAACCAAUCAUUUAAAUAUUUUGAUACACAAAGUUUGUUCCAUUAUAUACUAAGUAUGAAAGAUAGAAAUAUUCUGAAAGUAUCUUCAAAAUAUUGCUACGAUAUACUAAGAACUUUUGACAUAUUGAAUGAGUUAGCCUAAAUAAAUUAUUUGUAAGUUUAUAUACUGUAAUGUCUUUUUUAUAUUUUAUUUUUUGUAACUAAUGUAUAUGUAGGUAUUCAAUGUACCAAUAUUGGUAUUUGUUUGAAUAAAGUUUCUCUUUGUAGGGUAAUGCUAAUACAUGAGUGCCUGUAUAAUCAAUUUAAUUAACUAAAACGUCAAGAAGACUAAUAAAUGUUAACUAAAGGUGCGUAUACAAACGUUUUAGUUAAUCAAAUUGAUUAUACAGGCACUCAUGCAUGCAUUACCCUACUAGAAUAAUAUCGGUGAAUUUAUUCACGAAUUUUGUUUUAAUUCAAAUACAUGAGUGGCAAACGUCAUCAGAUGUCAACUGAUGAUACUCGUCAUCGCCACAAAGGAAAACCUAAAAUCGUCGUGGCAAGUCGCAUUGUGAAAAGUGGCUUCAGUCCGAUUGAAAUUUUACGUCGAAAAAGGGAUAUUGUUCCCUCGUGUAUUUCGAUCUUUAAGAUUCCGCUCAUUAUGUUUUAGUUAAUUUGGCGAGGUAGUCGUUAUUUCGGCGUUGGUAAAGCAUUCAGCAGCGAUAUGUGUAUCGUCGUCGCCUAUUAUUUUCCACCAGGAAAUAUUGUAGAGGAGUUUAACGAGAAUGUGGGGACACUCGAGGAUAAUAUUGAUGGUGUUGUUGUUAAUGAGACAAAGAAGCCAGCAGGAAUCAUGGCUGAAUAUGGCCAAUAUGGUGAGUGAAUUAAUAUAUGAUUAUUCAAAAUUCAUUCCUGAAGAUUGGGUUUGGAUUGGUACCGACCUACACGUACAGACCUAGGUCUUGCGAUAUCUAAAUCGUGACAUUAAAAGACUACUUGUAUUAGCCACAGACACUUGUCAUGUUUGUUUCAGUAAACCAAUCACAAAACAUGUUCAUAUUAUCUACGUAGGUACGUAGCGGUGAGUUCAGGGAACAAACAGGGAUAAUCUGGGCAAUAAGAGUAAAAAUUGGAGUUUGUCUUACAAAGGCAGGAAAAUUGCUCAAGAUAGAUAAUAAUUUUACCCCGGUUGUGACGUCAUGCAUAUCCAACGAUGGAUAUGCAUGUCCCACAUGGUCAAAUGCAUAAGAAUUUUGUUUGAAGUAUAUAUAAUAUCUUUUAUAGCAAGAAAGAUAAAGAAAUUCUGUAACAGGAUUUUGAAAUUUUUGAAAUCUCUUCCAAAUUGGGAUUAAUUUUGAUUGCCACUUCCUUUGAGUUGAACUUUAAUGGCGAUUCCAGGUUUACGCAGGCUUUAGUGAGUUCUAACUCGAUUCUUGUUGAGGUGUAGGAGUAUAACCGACAUCCAAUGAGAGCAUAACGUCGGUUUCGCUUUUCUUAAAUCUAAGAUUUGUGAUAUGAGUAUAAACUCUUCUUUUCUGAAAAAACUGAUGUGCAUUCCACAAUCGAUUGAUGACAAUUUACAGUUCUGAAGAUUGAGGUCGUCUUUUGAUAUGAUCAACUGAAAACUCUAAUACCACUGGUUAAAUCAUGUCGCCAAAUAUAUUAUUCGCUUGAAGCUGUUUCGUAACGAUAUGAGGGUAGGUUAGAAUCCAAUUCAGAAAUUACUGCAUAUUUCAAUAAUUGAUGUAUUUAUUUAGAGCUGGAAAGGUUCCGUACAGAGUUCCUCGUCUUUACCAAUUACCUUCGGGCACGUCACGCAUCUCCUCCUCUGACUGUGUCUCAUUUGUUAAUGAACAAUGCUCAGAACUGGGCCAAUCAAUUACUGAGAUCAGGAAAGAUCACCUACAGUACUGAUGAAAACACUGGUGAGAGUAUUGCUUAUGCUGAGAGAGAAGACUUGACUGCAUUCAAGGUAAGAAAGGAAAUAUAUUCUGACUCGUGUUUGAAAUGUUUUAUAAGUACUAAAUAACAUUUGCAUAACAUCCAUCAUGCAGCUUUAUUUAUUCCGCGAUGUUAAAUAAAGGGCAAGGAAGGCCGCCUAAACUAGCCAGUGCCUAUCAGUGCCUACCGACAAACGUUUACAUCUAAAACAACAUGUGCAGAGCAAAUUCCUUGAAGACCACGGCUGGCAAACAAGAAAAAAGCCACUUUCCAAUCACUUAAACGUGGCUUGGUAGCACGUACGUCUGUUUUUAUAGUUAAGAUGAGUUCAGGCGAGUACAGUAGCUGAUCGAGAUGGUUAUAGAGUUUGUUGUAUGCCACGCAUCAUCGCAGUUCUCCAAAGGAAUGUGAAUUGGGUUUAGUUGAUACGAGAAUGAAAAUGCGUUCUGCGACUUAUCUCUAUCACACCAUUUAAGCCAACGAGAACUCUAUUUUUGAAGGGCCACCGAUUCAAUUUAAAGAAUAUUCCACCAUCACUAAUGAUUGUAGCCGAACCUUUUGCGGGACAUCUACUAAAAUAAUUUUUUUAACGUCGUCCUUGCCCUUUGAAGGUCACAUGAUUGUUUUGUGACAUAAAUUAAACAGAAGUUUUUGUGUUAUGUUUUCGUCCCAGUUGAUGUUAGUUUAUGCAUGGUUACGCUCAGCUGGUUGAGCUCAUUGUGUUUUCUCAUUGCGAAGUAAUCAUCCAACAGGAGAUAGCAGAGAUGAAACGUUCAACGAUGGUGAAUAAUAUUUACUUAUUAAUGAAGUUAAGACAACGGGUUUUUGAACGGCGGGGACGCGAGGUACAGUUCAGUAUCAAACGAAAAUCUUCCAGGUUGUGAAUUUGACGUUUUGCAGUCAUCCAGGUCAUAUCAUGUCGUGACACACAAUGCACUCAUGUAGCUUUAUGCUUUUAGCACGAAACAAGUGACUACGGUAAUUGUGGCAAUGCUAUAAUAUUAUUCCCAAUAUUGUAGGUCAGUCAUCGGUGGUACGGAGAGAUACAAAGUCACGAUUUUUCCAGUACAAAUGUCAACCCUGAGACGUUGAAUUUCACACAGCUAGUAUGGCACCACAGCCGAGAGCUUGGCGUGGGGAAAGCGGUAGGCAAAGAUGGCUUUUCUGUCGUUGUUGCACAGUACAGUCCUCCUGGUAACAAAGAAGGAUUGGUUAAAAUAAAUGUCGGCAAAUUGUGCAGCCCAGGUAAGUGGGUAUGAAAACGUGAAACGGUACUAACACAGGUACAUUGCACGUUAUGUCAGUAAAUGCGUCACACAUCAAACUAGCAUUACAAAUAUAUCACUUUGCCUAUAAUACACCUGGAAAAUUAUUCCUUGGCCAAAUGUAGUGCAAUUUCCAUUACCAUACAGUACAUUAUAUUCAGUUGCGAAACAGGGAUCAGUGACAAACAUAUAGUUCAUGCCAAGUGUUAAAAUGCCCGGAGAAUUACCAUUUUACACUUUACUCAUAUACUUCAAAAGUACAGAACUCAAAAGCAUGCUGCUUCACGCUUUACAGGUGCCAAAUACAAAAUUUAAACAUACCUGCGACCUAAGUUAGUCAUUCCCACAAGCGCGCAAGUGAAACACACGAAUUUAAGUUUAAAUUCUGUCACUUUGAAAUAUUUAAUAAGUUGUUGGGUGACACCAAUAACUGAAGUCGAUUAUUUACUUCCAAAGCGACUAUCAGUUUCACUCUGCCCAAGUGCCUACAUGACCGGAAGGCAGAAACUGUUUGGGGAAAGAGUAAAUAUCAGGCAGGGUAUAUACUAGGACAUAAAUUUCGAUUUUUGUAACAUAAACUAACCGUAGGCAUAACCCUUGUGAUAGAAGGUCAUAAAACGAUGAAGUUAGUUGGGAAAAUUUUAUGGAUGCACACCGUCAGCUCCCUGAAGGUUAUUCCAUUACAAGCUCCGUGAAGAAUUAUAUUGGUGUGUGUUGGUAAUGAAUGAUAAGUUAACUAUACAAUCUUUGCCAAAAACUAUGGAACAGGUGCUGUAAUUUCACACAAUUUGAAAGGCCUGGGCCCCCGUUCCCCCAGUUCAAUGUUGGACUGACAAAAAUGUGAUGUCUGGUUGCGAGACGCCAAAAUUGAAACGGGGGGGGGGGGGGGGGGGGGAGGGAGGGUGGAAAAAAUCUAUCAGGAAAUGGUAUAUUACAACCCAAUGCAUGUGAAAACUAGAUUGUCCCAAUCUAUAUUGUCAAAGAUUGUAUAUUUUGUGGCCUACCCUACUUGUACCAUAAUUGCUACUUCUUUUUUAGGUCAAAGCAACUGGAGCAUUGAUCAAAUAUAUUGACAAGAAAAGAAUUGGUGUUGAACUUGAAGAUAUAGAAACGAGAGUUCCUAUUCUCGCUUUAAAGACGUAUUCACUGUAAGUAGAACAAUAUGAUACUUCGUCAAAAUUAUAAUUAUCUAUAAUGACUUAAUUCUAUCGAGUAGAAAACAACUGAAAAACAUAUAUAUCUAAAUAAAGAUAUUGAGAAACCUGAUAAAGACAUGUGUGAUCCAAGACAUUACGUACAGUGCGUUCCUCGGUUCCUGCAAGAAAAGUCCUUGCGUACCUGCCUCGUACCCAGGCGCUUUAAAUAAUUACAGUACAUGAAGUAUUUAGUUCGUCCUAUGCGCAUCACUGUUUUUUUACAAAGAGACGCCUGGGUACGAGGCAGCUUGCGUAUAGUAUAAGUCUUUGCCUGCAUUAGACUUGUUUCAAGUUUCUACUUCGUGGCAUUUGAAGUGAACUACCUUAAAAAUACAAGUAAAACUUCGACAUUUCCAGCGAAGGAAGUUUUAUUUGUCAGGUUGUUGAAUCCGCAUCUUUCUGGUGUUAUUGUCACUACCUACGCUGACACAGACCGAUUUGAAGUAAAACAGCACGCGAGUUUCUGCUCAGCUUGGCGUAUGAUAAAGAAGGCGCAUUCUGGCACACUAAUAGGUUAACAAUGAAAUAUUUUACUAUUUAAAAAAAAAACAGGGAAGAUGCAAUGAUCAUUGACGAGAACACGUACAGGUAUAUACCAAUUAUUGAAUUUGCCAGUGUGUACUUUUCUAAACUAUUGUAUUCAUUAACUGACUAUUGAAUCUGAAUUCUACGCAAAUUGUUUGUUUUAAUGCUGGUGCAGAGAAAGUCACAUUUUAGAGGAAAAUUAGCAUAUUUAGUUGGGCCUGCUGCUAAAACAAUUUUCCUGAGUAUUCUAUAAGUGAUUUGGCUGCAUAUACAUAGUUAUAAUACACUAUAUUAAACUCCCAAACUAAACAACAUGAUAAGUAUCUUCUUUAUUCCACAUUGCGUGGCAGUGCGUUGCAGAUAUUUCAAAAGGAGUCGCAUCCAUCAGCUUAUAAAGGUGGUUCUGGUGCUAAAGAAGGUCUUUCACUUUUUGGUAAGUUCGUGAUAUUUUUCUAUGUCCUUCAUUUCGUUCAUCGUUUUUAUUCCACUGGUUUGUGCCUGUCAAAUGCUUGUUGUGCUGGCUUGAAGCACUUUCCACUUCUUAUACACUGAAGGAGAAGAACUAAAAAUUGGAUGGGUAUUCAUGUAUGGAAUUCAUGGAGUUCAGUAUCAGCAUGCAUUGAACAUGUGUCAGAUGUGUCAAUUGUUUGAAGAAAUUGCAUCAGGGUUGAUCUUUCACAAACUUGUUUCACCUAGUAAGCAGUUGAAAGAAAUGGCCUGGUGGCGUGUCUGACUCCUUUCCAUAUUGUACAGACUUGUGCACACUACGCUCUUGUUUAGAUUAUUUAUAUUAAACAAUGGUCACUUUGAAACCGGUAAACAUAUUGAAAAGUGUUAUACUUUUCGACUAGAUUUUAGUCAUCAUCAGGAAUGAAUUCAACGAAUAUAUAUGAUAUGAUUGAUUCCUGAUGAUGAUGCCUAAAAUCUAGUCGAAACGUAGAGUAGCUAAACACUUUACUAAAUGUAUAUACCGUUUUCAGAGUGACUAUUGUUUUGUAUACUGAUUUAUUCUGAAGAUGCUUGGUCGUUCCCGCAAUUUAGAGUAUUUUGUAGAUUGCUCUGUGCCCGCGUAAUGUAAGUACAGUGAUUGCAAUAACAGCAGUUAUUAUUAGCAUGACAAAAUUACUGGAUGCUGAUUGGUUGAGAGGAGUACAAUUAUUUCAUUAAUUGUACUGCAGUACAAUUAAUGAUUUUUCCAAAACAAACAAAAUGGCGGAAAGGUAUUUUAAACACAAGCGUGAAAUGAAAUUGCCGUGGAGGAACUAGAUGAAAAUACGAACACAAGCACCAAAUUUUGCUUGAACAAAAGAAUUAAAUGAAAAUACAAACAAAAGCAUCAAAUUUUUGUUGAAAGUCUGGCAGGACUGGGCUUUGGCGAGAGAAUAUGAUGUUGACAUUGAGAAGUAUGUAUCCAAUUUUGUCAUGCUAAUAAUAAACAAGUUAUCAUACGAUGUUGCUCGUACAAUUAGGGAUUAAUAGUACUCGUGAUGUUUGGAAAUUUGCCAAAUUGGACUCGCCCCGGCGGCUCGUCCAAUUUUGGCAAAAUUUCCAAACAUCACUCGUACUAUUAAUCCCUAAUUGUACUCGCCAUCGCAUGAUUACCUGUACAAAGCUGCGGAUUGGUAGAUUGUACUCGCGCCAUCACAUGAUUACCUAUACAAAACUGCGGAUUGGUAGGAUGCAACUACUUGCAAAAUUUUGACGUUUCAAGCGAAUUAGGCCCUUCGUGGGGAAGUUAGUAGAGAAGUACUUCCGAAACGUCGAGGUUUUACGUGUAUUUUUCAGACAACAGACACGGAGUUGAAUUAUAAUUAAUUUAUACUUUCUGUAAUUGCUUAUUUUUAUAUAGGCAUGAUGAAUAUGACCAAAUCAGUUAUUGGUAGUCGUCUAUUAAGGUAUACGAUCAUUACUUCAUUUAAGGCUGUUUUUCAGGCGGUUUUCAUAUACAGUAUAUAUGUGCGUAUAUGCACGGAAAAGUUUAAAGAUGCUGUAAUGUAACCAAACAUUAAAAAGUUUUAUUAAAAAAAAUAGGUCAUCAAGUUUAGAUUAGUGUCAGAUAAAGAUUAGAUUAGGGUUAGAUUAAGAUUAGGUUAGGGUUCAACAUGUGUUGCGAAUUUAUCAUUUUGAUUAUAACAAUCUUUCCCUGCUGGCAGAGGUUUCUACUUGUGCUGGGAAGCGAAGGAGAAGAGACCUCUGCCUAGAUCUGACACGUUUUCUGUCGCGCAUGUGCAAAAAUUGCCAUGACAACGAGUGAUGUUCACCACAUGAUAUCAAACCGGUUUUUGCGGGAGCAACUUGGUAACUUACCGUAGUUUGAAGGCAAACAAAUGUAUCUCGGCCCGAUAAAACAGAAAAGAUUGCUUUCUUUUGUUCUUCUGUCACUGCUUUCACAGUUUCAUCUUUGAAAAUAUCAAUUACAUAACUUAGAGCACUUUCAAACAACAUGAAAAACCUCGAAAUGACCACGCUGUGCAAGCCGCCAUUUUGACACUACGGGCUCAAUGUCAUUACAGCGUAAUUCAGCUCUGAGCAUGCGUACUAUUUGUUUCUCUAAACCAGUUUCAGAACUUGUUUUACAAACUGGUUUGACUCGUCCACGAUCAUGGACUGAGGAAGUGUCAGAUCUAGGCAGAGGUCUCUUCUCCUUCGCUUUCCUGCACAAAUAGAGACCUCUGCCAGCAGGGAAUACAAUCUACUCAUAUAGUAAAUUCAAAGGUGGAGCUCAUGCUGAAAUGAAUACAGACUAGAGAUUUAAUUCAAGAAAGUUCGGAAGGUGCGAAAUAUUAAUAACAUUCCAAUGGUCGGGUGCCGACCAUUGGAAUGUAGGCCUGCACAGAACGGACUUUACAGCAUCUUUAAAUCUAAAUUUUAUAUAACUACUAAGUGACCCCAUCAAACACACAUUCAAUGAUACAGUGCUAGUGCUACAGACUAGUGCUGUCUUUUUAUUUAUUUAGUUAUUUCAUUAGCAAAAUUUAACCGCAUUAAAAAUUUCCUGUGUGUAUACUUGCAUGUAUAUAAAAUGUCUAACUGCAUGGAAAGCAGCCAUUGCGCAAUGCAAUCUUGUCUUUGGCGGCUCUCAUUGACCGAUUCAUAUUUUAUAUGUAUUACCAUGCAGGCUAUUAAACAAUUUUGUAGCAGAGACUGUUAAGGAAAAGAAUUUAAGAUUUAAAACAAUCAUAUCAAGAUUUUGUUAGCAUCUCACUCGAUUCAAUAAUUGCUGAAGACUUGAAGGGUGUUGUAGAUGGAAAUUAUUGAGUGGGAAUUUAUAUAUAUUUAUUAGUCCUAACCAGGAACAGAAGCGAAAAAUGCAACUUUAGGUCCCUGACAGGAAUCGAACCUGCGGCCCUGUGAUUCUGGUGCAGCGCUCUAAUUAUAGCCUUUUGGAAUGUGCAAAAAACACCAAAACGAGCUAGUCACGGGUAGGGGUGCACCGGAUUUGGAAUUUUCAUAUCCGGCCGGAACCGGGUUUACCGGAUUUGGACAAAAAUUCCGGCCGGAAUUCCGGCCGGAUUUGCCGGAUUUGAGAUAAAUCGGUAAUGGGGACAAUUUGGGAUAACUUGUGAUAAUUCAGUAUUCAAAAUGGCGGUUUAUGUUUUUUACUAUUUUUAGUUAGUGUCAGUUUAGAUUUUUGAUUGUGUUUAAACCUUUUUUAAAUAUCUUUUUGUUAAUAACUUAAUAUUUUAUAAUAAUAUAAGUGUUUUUUAAACUUUAAAGUUGCCAAUUUGAUGGUUUACCCCAUUCUUGGUGAAUUUUUUGAGGUGAAAACAGAAAUUUAAAUCUGGCCGGAUUUUGUCCAAAUCCGGCCGGAAGCCGGAUGCCGGAAAAUUCGUUAAAUCCGGCCGGAAUUCCGGCCGGAUUUGAAAUCCGGUGCACCCCUAGUCACGGGUAUUUUUAAAGAUGCUGUAAAGUCUUGAAAUUUGCUAUGUUGGUGUAAUGUACUCAGGUGAAUAAGAUGUUUGUGUGAUGUUACUCUGAGUGUAUAUCCACACCGGGCAGUUCCGAAAUAUCGCAUACACGAACCGACCUGACCGCGUAGCUCAGUUGGCAGAGCAUUGGGCUAGUAUUCCAAAGGUCGUAGGUUCGAAUCCCAUCGUGGCCAGGCAUAUUUUUCAAGCCUGCCCGGUGUGGAUAUACACUCAGAGUAAUAUCACACAAACAGCUGUAAAGUCUGUUUUGCGCAUCAGUUCUGCUCAUAACAAAGGGGGACCCACAUAUAUAAACAUUGCCCAAAUUUUGGAUCUUUCGAAUCUUUUUGAAUUGAAACGUAGCUAGAGUUUAUAUUCAGUUACAAGCAUAGGCAUAGCGAACCAGAAAAGUGUUAGAUAUUCAGUUCGAAUAUCAUAUUUUACAAAUAUAGCAGUUCAAAAUGUGAACAAAGCGUUUGUUUACAUUACGGACUUUACAGCCUCUUUAAGAUUUAAUUUCUCAAAGAAAAUACAUGGCAUUAUAUUUAUAUAUUUUGUAAAACUGCUAGUCUUGAAGUACUCUGAAGUACUCUGAAGUACUCUGAAGGACUUAAGUUUUUUAUAUUAUUUCAUAUCUGUUAAAAUGCGUGACAACCUUGACUUGUUGAUGGUAUCAGGACGACACUUACAAAACCUUUCUUCGAACAUUUUUGCAGAAAAAUGUAGGAAGAUACAGGAAAUCCUUGUCCUUUCUGAACUUGCAUGGUAUAUACUCUUUCUAGGAUUUGGGAACUUCGGUAAUUUUCCAAUCUCGUUAAUAUAAUUUAGGUGCCAUACUGAAGGAACAUGUUAGAAGUUUGAACGUGAUGCACCUGUUUUUAAGUAUGGGCGCUUAAUAUUUUAACAAAAUUUGUUCAACAAUGUCAUCAAUCUCUUCGACAGGUUUUCCAAAUGUUAGUGAAGGUUUACCGUUAGUUCUACUAUGUGUAUAGUUUUUGAAUUUAAUUGUGCAACGUUUCCCCCAUCAUGCAGAAAUCCUCGAAGACAAUAAUAUUCUUUAUUCUGCAAUAAAUUAAUAUUUAAUUUUGUGACACUGUAAACUGAAAUUUUACUCUUCAGUGAAUUAUUCAGCCGUGUUCAUUGCUCAAAGUAUUUGUAGGAAAUUUACUCUCUAAAACUAUAUAAUCUGAUUACUCUCUAAAGUGUAUAAUCUGAACAUGCAACAUUACAUUUUUAGCGUUAGUGUAGUCGAUGACCGAAAGCGAGCCAUCUGUAUUUAUACAAUAUUUUCGUCUUAAGUAGUUAAUGAUUGACUGUUGUACAAAUCUGCAUACAAAAUUUCCUCUCGGACGCGUUUAUCACUUUCGUCGUUCUCAAGAGACAUCCAGUGGCAUAUUUAAAACUUUCAAACAUUCUCGACUUUAUAUUCCUGGAAAAGACAACCAUGGGAAAUAACUCCAUCAUGGGAAAUAACGCAACCAUGGGAAAUAACUCAACUCAUUUCCCCACAGUACCUAGCGAGAUUCUUCUCCCAUCAGUUAUAUUCAAAUUCGUCGCAAUGAUCAUUGGAGCUAUGGGAAAUACCACCGUUAUAAUUUACACAAUUUUCUUGAACAAAGAAAAGACAGUGACAUCGUACUUGGUAGGAAACUUGGCACUGGCAGAUCUUCUCGUGUGUUUAACAUUUUAUCCAAUAUGGAUCAUUGAGCUUAUACAGACUAUAUUAAAUAUUGAUAGUGAUCAGGAUCUGUUUUGUAAAUUAAGUCGUUCCAGCAUUUGGGCAUUGCUGUUCGUUUCAGUGGCUACACUUCUCACAAUUACUGUUGAUCGUUAUUUAUAUAUUGUAAAACCUCUCAAGUAUCCGUUGAUUGUGACACGUCGACGAGUUUUUGUAGCUACUUCGGGAAUUUGGUUAACUGCCUGUUGUUUCUUCAUUGUGUUACAAGAUCAUUGGAAGAGAUUCGACUCUAUUUUAAGAAGCUUUUGCUCCACAUCUGACAUUUUCUUCUUGCCCAUGAAUAUUUUUGUUGUGUAUGUCCCACUUAUUUUAAUCUUUGCUGUCAAUUUCCGAAUUUUAAAUGUUGCACGGAAGCAACGACAGCGAAUCUGGGCUGAAACGACCGUUAAAACUUCCAAUGUGGAACGGUCGUCGAAAAGACUGAUGGGUUUACUCCGUCUUCUCGUCGGUUUGAAAGCAGCAAAGACAUUUUCUAUUGUUGUCGCGGUGUUAGCUUUCUGUAUUCUUUCGCCAACCGCAGUUGGGCUUGCGCUAAGGUAUUCUUGUAGUAAUUCAUGCCGUCAGAUCUGGUGGGUUGUUUUUCAAUAUGAAUUUUAUGGAAUAAACUCGAUAGUGAAUGCUUUCAUUUAUGGAAUGAGACAUCUUAAAUACAGAAAAGCUUAUAGAAAUAUUCUAUUUAAAAUAUUUCGCUGUUGUAAAUUGCCAAACUGAGGAUUUUCCAUUCUCACUAACAGCAAGGCCAUUACUUAACAGUUUGUGAGGGCCGACAUUAGUGGACGUUGCACUCAGUAAGUGCUUCGAAAUCCCUUUUUUCAAGAGAGCAACUGGCCAGCAGACAAUCUAUUACCACGUCAUUUUAUGGAACAUCCAGAGUUCAUGAAAUCUAGCUCCUCCAUUAAAAUUUUAAAAUAAGUUAAAUACCGAGACCGCCGUUGAUCAAGUCUGUUGACAACUUGCAAAAGACUUGAUAUUAUCAAGCCGGAGCAAGCGAUGCGAACGCAUCCUGAUAUCGGCUUGAUGAUCGUAAGUUGCAUGAUUGCAUCAAGUCUGCAGCAGACCUGCUGCAACGUGCGCGUUUCUGGCUGUGUAUAUAAUUAUUAGAGAAACUUUGUCGUAUUUAUUUCAAUAAUCAUGAGAAUCAAUGGACAAAUGUGGCUAAAGUCGUUUACACUGUUUCCCAAUUCAGAACGCUUUUCGAUAUUUAACGCUAACCUCGGUUAAAAUUGAACCUGCUGUUAAGAAGAAAAGACAGAGUUCAUAUAGUUUCACCGCCCGACCAAUUUUUGAAAUGAACUUAAAAAAUAAAGAAAUUCAAAAGAAAUUCGUCGGGCAGAACAACACACGAAUAUAUGAAUAACUUCCAAUUAACGCUCUAGUUACGCCUCUGCCUGCCGUGUUUUAGUUUAAUAAGUAGUUCUGCACGUGUGUUUAUUUCAAAAACUCCUACUGAUUCAGAUAAGAUCUCAAAGAAAAAGUUCCAAAUUUGAAAAUUCCAAUGAAUUCUACGUUAACCUAGGGUUAACCCACCUUUGAACAACUGCCCCCAGACGCAUAGAGUAGAACAAAGGUAAGAUUAGAAUUAUGUAUAAGAGGAUAAUUCUAAAGCUUAGUUACUUUGUUCUAUUCUAUGCCUCGGUGAACUAGGACAAUAGUAACUAUUGUAGGCAUGUGAGUUAUCUCAUAGCCUAUCGAAGGGAAGAUGGCUGUGAAACUCAUUAGAAUAACAAUAUAACUCAUUAUCUAUGUUGGUCAACGUUUAUUCAUAAAUCUGGUCGUUUCACCGUCACGUGUGUAUUGUAUUUUUACCAAAUCCACCAAUAGCAAUUUCCAGUUUCCUUAUUGUUCGAGUCACGGAUAGGUGACUUUCCUAAAACAUUGCUAUUGGUUAGUUGGGCAAAAAUACAAUACGCACGUAACGGUGAAGGACCAGAUUUAUGAAUAAACGUUGACCAACAUAGAUAAUGAGUUAUAUUGUUAUUCUAAUGCACAGCCAUCUUCCCUUCGACGGCUAUGGUUAUCUAAAGCAUAGAAUAAAGAUCCAUAUAGAAGGGCCACUUACGUCGGAAGCUUUGAAGUUUCUGUCCCCUCGCAUGUCGCAUUACGCAUGUUGGCCGCCAUUUUCCUAGCCAGCAUGCUGGCCGCCAUUUUUCUGGCCAAUAAACACGCUGUACUGACUGGCUGCUCCGCCUUCUGGCCAGUAAACUGCAUAUUUUUGCAUAAAAAAACGAGGACAUGUUGCACCGCUGAGUGGCCCUUCUGUUACUGAUCUUUAUUCUGUGUCUAAAGCCUGGUUUCCAUAUGGUCGUAAUGUCGUAAAGAUAGAGUCACGAUCUUUCUCAACGGCCAGUUUAUAAUAGUUUUUCCUGUAAACCACAUAUAAAUCAUAAGUAUUCUCUAGUUAUGAUCACUCCUCGUAUUUUCAGUUCUAAACUGUCGUAUUUCGGCUGAUGAGAAAGAUCGUGACUCAAUCUUUAUGGAACCAGGCUUAAUAGUUAAGGGGCUGUUUAUAUGGAAGCCGGGCUAGCCCGCUUAGCGGGAUGAAUUUCUCUUGUGUUUAUAUCAGAAAAUUUCAUCCCACUUGACGAGACAAUUUUGUUGUUUGGUUGUUAAAAAUAGCUCGCGGCGGCGAGAUCUCGCCUUUUUCAAGCGAGAUCUGAGCAACCAGUCCGCUUGUCUAUUUAAAUACACGGUAUUUUUUACCAUAAAAAUAACUACAGUGAAAUCUCGCUUACUGGGCUGUCUCGCUAAGCUCUCUUCUAUAAACAAACGUAGCCAAAUUUGUCUGUUUUUAGCGUCUCCUGGGAGACGCUAGUCUCCUACGCAUACCUACUUAGCGGGCUGAGCCCUCACGUAAGGUAUGCUUACUUUGGCCAAGAAUUCCUUUCCUCAAAAUUAGCCAAUCACAGCUUUACCCACGAAAAUUGUGGGGCUUGACCUUUGGCUUUGACCUUGAGGCUUGGGUCGUUAAAAGUUUCAAAACAUUUAAUCUUGAACAUUUUAUAUCUUCAUUUGUACGAAUUCAUAUCUUUAAUAAACCGAUUAUAUGCGAGAGUUGAGAGAUAUAUUUGUUAUACACAUACCAAUCUACAAAUUUACAAUAUGGAACAAUUGUAAAAUCUGUUAGAAUUUGUCGAGCUAUUGUUUUGAACAGACAGUGUAGAAAUAUCGAACAAUAUCACCUAAAAUAUUUCGCGAUGUUUUGAUUACUUUACAAGCGUUUGCAGGUGUUACUGUAACACGGGUAAUAUACUGGACAAAGACAUCAAGACAAAGUUAUAAAGUUACAGUGUACAUUACUGCGGGUGUAGAUAAGGCCACUCCAAAUUAGACUUUAGUUUCCCGUCCGGCCCUUAUUUCAAAUUACACGCGGGCGGGCGGCCAUUUCAUUAUCCAUUAUUUUUUUUAUUUAUUUAAAAAUUCGCCCUAUUUACAUAAUUAAGAUAGAAUAUACAGUAUAACGUCUGUUGAAUACUAGAGCUAGGAGCCUUUAAGAAACUUUAAGAAGCUUUUAGUGCAAGGCCCCUAUUACAGCAAAUAUUAAAUUCAAACGAUAGCUAUUUGUCAGUUAAUAUAUAGUACAUAAAAUUUUAAAGAAAGUUGUGAUAUAGUUUUACAAUAAUAUAGAUAUACAACAAAUAUGAAGUUAGGAGUGCAUGAUGAUGGAAGCAUUGUUUUUACCCUACAUUGUUUUAGACGUCCAUGAAUAAUAUAAUAUAAUGCUGCAUUAUUAUUAUUCUUGUGUUUGAUAAUAAAUUUUAGCUUGUUUUUUGAACGAUUGGUAAAAUUGGAUGGAUUUUUUUAUGAAUUUUUUUUUUUGGAUUAUGGUGUCUGAAAGAUGAAACACGGCCCAUUAUUUCAUGAAAUAGACACGCGUUUUAAAUAUCCAUUCAGCCGCGUUUCUACGCAAUAUGUUUUAGAGUUUUUGUAUGCAGCAAUGAAAGCCAGGAUAUUAACCUUAUCGGUUGUGACGUUCAAAAAUCAAAACUUGUAAUGGAAGUGUGUAGCUCAGCAGUUCGUAGUGAAAACGGAAAAAAUUCACGCUCUUUGACAAAAGUUUCAAGAAUUUUAUUUCGAUUUUUACGUGUUGUAUCAUAAAUAUGUAUUUCUUGAACGAUAGAUUAUUUGAAAACUGUGGUUUUUCGUAAUUGUUUGUCACAAAAGUCAAAUAAUGGAAACAACUUCGCAAUAAUGGACAAAUCAUGCGGCAAGUUCUAGGAGACGCGGGCGGAGGACGGGAAACUAAAGUCUAAUUUGGAGUGGCCUAAUAUAUUAUAAAUACUAAUUGAAGACCACAGAAUUCAGCCAAUAUAUAAAAUACUGAAUUGGUUCAUUGCAUAUUUCAAUUUCUAAGUUUGUAUAUGACUAGCCAGUUUAUAAAGUUUAAUAAAAUCAUAAUUAUAAAAGUCGCUCUGAUAUUGAACGUUCGGAAACUUAGUACUAUUUGCAACAUGAGCGGCCGUGCUGUAUCGGAUAUACAAACUCGAGCCGAAAAUGACUCAUCUUACAGUAUGAGUUCAUUGGCGAAGUAAUUUUAAAAAUAAACGUUGUCUAAGCCGAGAAAAUCAAAGUUAAAGUUUAUGUAAAUCAACAUGAAUCUGUAUCACAUAUACACACUCCUUCACGCCCAUGAUUUCUUUUGUGUUUUCUUCAUGAAUUAUUGAUAUGUAUAUUGUUAAUAGUAUAUAUUGAAUAUACAUGCCGUCACGCAGUCGCGUCAAGUUCAAAACAAGUAUUACCAGUGAAUAGUUUUAUUACUUUAUAUACAUUUAAGCCUUCGCCCUAUCGCGUACAACCCGCUAAAGUAGGUCUGCAUAGGAGACUAGGGAGACGCUAUUUGCUAUCGGCUCGAAUGUUGUCCAGAUGCUGUCCAGAUUCACUAAUCUCGGACAUGUUUGGCCAAUGCCUAUAAAUGGUUGGAUCAAGACAUGCCGCAUGUAUAAACCACUGAAAUGAAUAUAACUGGAACGCUACCUUCAGAUAGACUCCAUAUCUUUUUCUUGAAGCCAAAUCUGUCCCCUAUACACGCGUGUCUGGGUCUUUAACAAGAUUUAUAUUGACAAAUAACUAAAUUAGUUUUACGAAAUAGUGCGUCGUUUUCGAAAACAUCCAGUCUAUAUAAAGUAAACCAGAUUGUUGGAAAAUAGCUGUAUUUGAAAGCUUAGAGUGGAGGAAGGAGAGCAGAAUUGAUAUUUCAAGUACUGAACAAAGUAACCGGCGGUAAACCUCGUGGCACCCGCUGAGCUCCAGCGGCUCUAGGGGUUCUACGAAAAAAAUUAAGCUGUAUUAAUACUGUUAGCUUGUUCGGUGAGGACAGAGAUCAGAGAUCAACACUAAUUUGACUUAUCAAGUCACCAGUUUGGAUUUCGCUCCACUUAGACCCUUCGCCUCGCUCCACCACUUUUUGGAGUUUUCUCCUUUUACUUGUUGGAUCUUUGAUUCGUACAACCUCCCUCUACAAGUCUUCCUCUCUCUUUCACCAGAUUCCGAUAAUAUAUAAAUUAACUAUAAGACGCCAUGAGUGUUGAAGGCCUUUUGUCUUAACUUUCUGUGUCAUAGGGCGUCAGCUGCGGCAUAUCAAGAUCACUAUGUCACGAAACAUCUUCCACUUGUCCUCACAGCUCUCCGGCAUGAGACAAAAAGCAAGGCCCACUCAAUUGAGCUCAAAUAUCUUCCCAAAGCCGUCCUACAGCCUUUACAGAAAUAUGGUAUCACGGAAGGGAAACGUAUUAACAAUAGUUAACAUACGGCUCUCACAAUUACAAUAUUUGCAAACAAAAGGUUACUACUAUUUACAUAAUAUGAAAGCAGAAUUAACUAGUAAUAAAUACAUUUACGAUUUAGUAAAUAUUCACAAUUGUUAAUCUAAAACAGGUCUUCGAGAUGGUUAGUAAAGUUAAGCUUAUUAGGCACCUCGUAGGUACCUCGGAUCCCCUAUCAAUUGGACAACUGCUUGUUGGGAAAUCCACUCCUGUCUUUUAUGUGGUUGUAUUUCGCUUGCAGGGUGUGGUUUCGUCGACCAACCACCAGCUUGUUGGGAAAUCCACUCCUGUCUUUUAUGUGGUUGUAUUUCCCUUGCAGGGUGUGGUUUCGUCGACCAACCACCAGCUUGUUGGGAAAUCCACUCCUGUCUUUUAUGUGGUUGUAUUUCCCUUGCAGGGUGUGGUUUCGUCGACCAACCAACAGAUUGUUGGGAAAUCCACUCACCACCUGUCUUUUAUGUGGUUAUUUUCCCUUGCAGGGUGUGGUUUCGUCGACCAACUACCAACAUACAGAUUUUAAAAGAAAGACAAAAGGCUGUGGCAUUCUUUCAAUCUCCACAAAAUGUGGAAACCACCGCGUCUAUUCAAGACUGUUUGAAGCACAUUAAGUGUAUCUCAGUAAGUAUGCAUAAUUAUAGCGCACAACGGAGAGGCGUAGAUUAAAUAGAGAGAAUGUCGUUGGGGAUAUUGCCAUGGCAAUACAGUGUCGACAUUCUCUUGAACUUUUACACACUUUGAAGACUGCCUGUCUAACCAUUUUUUCUAAUAUUGAUCGGUUUUUAAACUGCUUCCUCUGUGACUUCCAAAACGUCCGUGGAACACAUCUCAAAAAAUCUUAGAGACAGAUUUAACGUAAGUCUGUAGGACAACGUACUGAAGCCUUGGUAAUGAAGAUCAUUUUUAUUUAGCGAACAUUAGUGAGGAUGGCUUCUGCACAAGCAUCAAUUGGUGAUUGGCAGUCAUUAUAUAAGGUACAAACUACAAAUACUGUAUUAUAUGUGACAGUGAAGUAACUUCGCCAGGGUCUCAUUUUUUUGGGAGGGGGACAUAUACUUAAUUGCAUAGUUUUGGGGGGUUAACAGCAUAAGCGUUUGGGGCUGAUGCUUUUUAGAGGGGGGGGGGGGGGGGGGCUCAGUUGAAAUUUUGCCCGUAUUUGUAUGUAGGAUUGUAUAUUCUCUGAUAAAAUUGCCCAAAUUUUCGUAAUUUUUCCUGCCAUUUGCCCGAAUUUCCAUGGUUUCCUAGCGUUUGGGGGAGCAGUUGCCACCUAUCUCCCUGUCUCGUAGGCCUAUGUUAAACAGUGAACGUGUGGAGUACUGUAUUAAUCCAUGACAGCCUUCCAAGUACUGUCCAGAUGAUGACAUUGAUGGUAAAUAUAUAUUACACCUUCAUAACUUACUUUAUAUAUUACGUUGAAUGUUUUUAGACAGUUUACAAUGCUAUCUACAUUGCCAACAUCUGUAAAACAAUACCUGAUGUGGAAAUUGCUCAGAAGGUAGACAAUUACUGUAUGGUUGCAUUAUCAAUCAGAACGUUGGUGUGAGUGUACAAUGUGUUCCAAGAUUACAAUACAAUCAUUUUCUUAAAAUACAGUGUAGAGUAUUCAACUACUUUCAUUUAGAUUGCACGUGAUUUUUCUGAAGAUCUUCACAGGGUUGCUUCGUUGAUCAAUAAAAUAGUAAGAGAAGUUAUCGUUAUCUAAACACUCUACAUGUUGAAGACCACCCAUCAUGACCAUACAUGCACUUGAACAUGUGUGAACUACUGUAGUACACGGUGGAUUCAAUUAUUAUACAUAAGCCGAGCGCUUCUUGAUCCCCGCUUUUCUACCAACGUUUCAGAGUUAGACUCAGUGAUUCCCUGCAAACAGAAUACUGUACUUAUUAUACAAAGUGUAUAAAAUAAAAUCCAAUUUUGGCAUUGUUAUCGUACAUGUAACUGAUUUUAAUUAACGGACGAUAACAUGCAACAGUUGGAUUAUAUAAUGUUUUUCUUUCAUAGAGUUGUAUCUAAAGUUAUAAUAAUAAACCUUUCUCACAUGUUGCUUUGUUUUCAAGGUUGACUUUGACGACUCAACAUUGCAAAAUAGGUUUGUCGUUAAACCUGGAGUGGAUGAAAACCUUGAUGAAAGUACGAGACAAGCUGUUCAUCACUGUGGUGUAUUCGUCUAAAAUGGCUGUCGUUGACCUGACAUCGUACCUUGUUUAUUUCAGAGAAACGAACAUACAAUGGCUUACCAGAUUUCAUGACGAAAGUUGCCCAAGAGGAACUGAGCAAACUGGAUGCAUCAAUAACAGAAUGUAAUAUUCUGUACUUGCCCCAGGUAUUUCACUCAUCAACACCUGACAACCAUGCACUGCUUGUGCAUACUAUUUCCAUUUUUCAACUAAUAAAUGUAUAUUGCACUCGAAAUAUCCAUUUACAAAUCCCCACACUCACAUAGUUGAAGGGUUUUGUAGAUGGAAAUUAUCGAGUGGAAUUUAUACACAUUUAUUAGACCUAACCACCAGGAACAGCUGCGAAAAAAAAUUAUAGGUCUCUGGCAUGAAUUGAACCUGCAGUCUUGCAAUUCUGGUGCAGCGCUCUAACCAACUGAGCUACAGAGAGACAGGUGUCGGGCUCUAACCAACUGAGCUACAGAGGCCAGUUGUCGAGCUCUAACCAACUGAGCUACAGAGAGACAGUUGUCGAGCUGUAACCAACUGAGCUACAGAGGCCAGUUGUCGAGUUGUAACCAACUGAGCUACAGAGAGACAGUUGUCCACCUCUAACCAACUGAGCUACAGAGAGACAGUUGUCGAGCUUUAACCAACUGCGCUACAGAGAGACAGUUGUCCACCUCUAACCAACUGAGCUACAGAGGCCUGUUGCCCAGCUCUAACCAACUGAGCUACAGAGAGACAGUUGUCCAGCUCUAACCAACUGAGCUACAGAGAGACAGUUGUCCAGCUCCAACCAACUUAGCUGCGGAGAGACAGUUGUCGAGCUCUAACCAUGCAACUGAGUUACAGAGGCCAGUUGUCGAGCUCUAACCAACUGAGCUACAGAGAGACAGUUGUCGAGCUCUAACCAACUGAGCUACAGAAAGACAGUUGUCGAGCUAUAACCAACUGAGCUACAGAGGCCUGUUGCCCAGCUCUAAUUAACUGAGCUACAGAGAGACAGUUGCCCAGCUCUUGAUCUAACCAACUGAGCUACAGAGAGACAGUUGUCGAGCUCUAACCAACUGAGCUACAGAGAGACAGCUGUCGAGCUCUAACCAACUGAGCUACAGAGGCCAGUUGUCGAGCUCUAACCACAAGUUCAUGUAUAUAUAGUAUAUAUUAGUAUAAUUACUAUCAAUAUUUCAGCUUGGUUAUCUCCUGGCAAUCCCUAGAACGGAGCAAAUGAAAGAAGAGAAAGAUUUCGAAAUGGAAGGAUUGGAGUUUGUUGUUAGUGCAUGUCUAUCAAUAUAUUGCUCAUGUCAUAACUUCGCCACAGAAUAGAUACUAGACCAGAAGGGACACUCCUAUAUGUUUUGGCAUGGGAAAAACGUCCGAAAUUUUUUACGUGAUAUGACGCCAUCCUGGAGUGCACACGGCACUUUGUACCUAUGUUUGGCCUAUGAAAAACUUCCGUGUGCACUCCAGGAUGGCGUCAUAUGAUGGCGUAUUUUCACGUCAGCACUCGGAAGAAAUAUCGUCUUCGUGUCCUUUCUGGUCUAGUAUGUAUUCUGUGACUUCGCACUGGUUCACACGUGAUCGUAUUGCUCAUGUCAUAACUUCGUACUGGUUCACACUAUCAAACUUUCCGUGAUCACAGUUGGAUUUUGCAAAGGUUAUUAGGUAAAUUCUAAGUUUUGAAGCAUUUGAAAGAAACGUUUGAGGGAACUAACUCCAAUAACAAUAACUCCGUUCAAUAACACUAAGGCAGCUCCCUCAAACAUUUCUUACAAAUCCUUCAAAACUUAGAAUUUACCCAUACAAAAUUUCUACUGUGAUCACAGAAACUUUGAUAGUGUAAACCAGGCUUUACAGUAUGCCCCCCCCCCUUGAGGGAUGGGGGAGGUUAGGUGGAGGUUAUAUUGAUUUAUCUGACCACCGUAACCAAACAAAAACUAACAUUAAAUUCCAUGAUAAGUACAUUUCAAGGGGGAGGGCUGAGCCUAUUAGAGGGAGCUUCAUAAAGUUCAAGGGAGGAAGGCUAAUUAGAAAGGGGGCUUAUUUCAACAAGGGGACUUGAUUCACGGUUUCUAUUUCGUGCUGUAAUGGCAGCAAGCUCAUAUCAGAAUGUACGUUUUAGUUUUUCUCAGACAACACAGCACACUACAAAAGUGCAAACACCAGAGGUAUAAAAAUAAAUUUUAUAUUUUACACAUUUAAAUACUUUUUAUUCCAAACCUCACUUCACAUAUAAUUCUAGUUCACAAUAUAAUUUUCUACGCCAUUUGUAGAACUGGACCGGCUGUUGGGCGAUACUUUAUGUGAAAUAACUGGUAAGUAAUCUUCUAAACGUCAAAAUGAUGUAAAGUGUCAGUUUGGUAAUAAUUCUUUUAUACGAGACUUAUUCUGUUAAAUACCAGUUUCAACAUGAUUAACGUUUUGAUAGCAAUAUUAAAACUAAGGACUGAGUUUUCUCACUUUUAUUGCGAAUAUCGUGCGGAAUUUGGUUUGUCGGUUUGGAUGUUUUGCGCUAAUUGUGCUAAUUUGCUCCCGUUUUCUCCGACUGCCUGAUCUCUCUGAUCUAAACAGAGUUCUUGCCACAACAAUAAUGUAUCUGUGUGUUUCUUCAACGUUUCGUCAAGGGAAAAUCAGGACUCUUUCGUUGUGUUUCUUCAACGUUUCGUCAAGGGAAAAUCAGGACUCUUGAAAGAGUCCUGAUUCUAGGGAAAAUUAGGACUCUUUCAUUACGUUAUCAGCUCUUUGAACAACACGAAAUACUCCGAUGUGUUCCCAGUGACCAGUUGUUCAGUUCAAGGAAGCACUUUUCGUACGACAGCAACUCCUUGACGUUACAGGAAUUUAAUUGGCACGGGGAAGGUGUGGCCUCCCAUGAUUAACCAUUCUGUCUACGCAUGUCUAUACUUAACCAUUAAGCCACAAUGCACCCUAUAAUGCGCCAUACUGGUUAUUCUACUGAUGAAGUGGAACGUUUUGGCACUAGCUUUGGCAUGUUUCUGGCACUAAUGUUUAAAUAUUAAUAUUUUACAUAGAUCAUGAAACUGCUAUCAUGCAUAGAUUGCAAAGUAUUGUUUUGGAACAUACUCAAUUACUUCUGAAAGUAAUGGAAUAUACAGCUGAACUUGACUGGUAA